GCCCGGUCUGCGCCUCGCGUCCGGCCAGCCCGCCGGCCCGCUUCUCUCGGGAGCCCCCACCCAGGCGCAUGGCUCCAUGAAGCAGGAGGAGGAGGAGGCAGAGCGCGAGAGGUCCCGUCCGCCCCGGCCGCGUCUGGGCCAGGAGAAAAGGUACAGGAAGAAGGAAUGGAAUUGGAAGGAAGAAAAUUCAUUCCAGAGACAGAGUAGCUCCCCUCCUUUGUUGUAGCUGUUCCUCUGACAAUACAGACUUUCUGUUUUCAGAUUCUGCAGUAUUCCAGACCACGAGCACCAAAUCAGGAUGGGAAAAAGACGCUGUGUUCCUCCACUUGAGCCCAAGUUGGCAGCUGGCUGUUGUGGGGUCAAGAAGCCCAAAUUAUCUGGAAGUGGAACUCAUAGUCACGGGAACCAGUCCACAACUGUCCCCGGCUCUAGUUCAGGACCUCUCCAAAACCACCAGCAUGUGGACAGCAGCAGUGGACGGGAGAAUGUGUCGGACUUAACUCUGGGACCUGGAAACUCUCCCAUCACACGAAUGAAUCCCGCAUCGGGAGCGCUGAGCCCUCUUCCCCGGCCCAAUGGAACUGCCAACACCACUAAGAAUCUGGUGGUGACUGCAGAGAUGUGCUGCUAUUGCUUUGACGUACUCUACUGUCACCUCUAUGGCUUCCCACAGCCACGACUUCCUAGAUUCACCAAUGACCCCUAUCCCCUCUUUGUGACGUGGAAGACAGGGCGGGACAAGCGUCUUCGUGGCUGCAUCGGGACUUUCUCAGCCAUGAAUCUUCAUUCAGGACUCAGGGAAUAUACGUUAACCAGUGCACUUAAGGACAGCCGAUUUCCCCCCCUGACCCGAGAGGAGCUGCCUAAACUUUUCUGCUCUGUCUCCCUCCUUACUAACUUUGAGGAUGCCAGUGAUUACCUGGACUGGGAGGUAGGGGUCCAUGGGAUUCGAAUUGAAUUCAUCAAUGAAAAAGGUGUCAAACGCACAGCCACAUAUUUACCUGAGGUUGCUAAGGAACAAGACUGGGAUCAGAUUCAGACAAUAGACUCCUUGCUCAGGAAAGGUGGCUUUAAGGCUCCAAUUACCAGUGAAUUCAGAAAAACGAUCAAACUCACCAGGUACCGAAGUGAGAAGGUGACAAUCAGUUACGCAGAGUAUAUUGCUUCUCGACAGCACUGUUUCCAGAAUGGCACUCUUCAUGCCCCGCCCCUCUACAAUCAUUACUCCUGACACACGGCUGCAUGACCAGUCCCACCCCCCUGUGGCCACCAAUGGCUAUGACAUCAUUGGAGCAGAUGCCUCCUCUUCCUGGUCCAGUUACUUCUAUUACUGCACCAUUUUAUGAUGCUAGCUUCCGUUGCCAAGUCUGCCCCCCACUGACUGAGGGGGUGUGGGGUUAAUUGAAUGAAACAGAACUUGAGGGGCCCAAGCCUUAUCUCAGCCUUUCCUCAAUAUGGGGUUCCGUUGGAUUGGGGCUCCUCCAUGACUAGUGAAAAUUACUGUGUGGGUUCAGAAGACCCUGGUCUGGUGAUUUGCCGCAUGUGUUAUUGGUCACACCCUGGAAGUCGGAAUUGAUGAUCCAUGGAGGCUUACCCCACACACACCCCCACAGCCUCCCCAGAUCAAUAGGUGUAUUCCCCUGGCAGUCUGGGCAACGGAGACCAACAAGAAACAUUUUUAGGUUGUUUUAAAUUCCUUUUUUUAAACUUCCAGUUUAUUGCAUACCAAGAGUUGAUCACAACCUCCAUGCUUCGUAAGUGGACGCCAUAUUAGGGUUGAGCAUGGGCACCACGAGUCCUUUGAGGCUCCUGGAUAGAGACCCAUAUCAAGAUCGGAAGCCCUUUGGAUGGCGUUGCAGAUCCCAUUGCUCAAUAAGUCGUGAAGGUUUUAAUUCUCAUCCCACUCUCAGUUGGAUUUUCCGGCACUCUCCCUGCAUCAAGUCUGCUGGUAUUGAACAGAGCUCUGUGAUGUAGCCUGCUGAGGAAUGGAGUGGAGAUGUCCCUGGAGGUCCCGGUGUCAUCACUUCGUGCAGGCAUGAAAGGAGAGACCUCUUCCUCACCACCUGGCUACCUCACUCCUCUAUUGGUAGCAGUGCCUACACAGCUGGAUGUAGGUUCUUGGAAGCAUAGAUGUGCAAACAGGCAAUGGGUUUGGGGCUGUCAGAGGGCACAUUGUCAUAGGAGAGAAUCCAGGGUCUCUGAGUGGUUUUCUUUUCAGGCAGACAUCCCGAGGGACUUUUAAGCAGUGGAGUUCCUUUUUCUAGUUUGCCUGAAGUGGGAAGACUGUUGGUGUUUCAGUCCUUUAUAGGACUCUAGAACAAAGCUGUGUAAUUAAACAAGGUGAAUCUUUAAUCUUGCCUACUAUGGGAAUCUUCAACCCAGGAGGGCAAAUUUCCAAACCACUCAUUUUUUUCUGGGUCAUUUAAACUUCCAUGUGACAUUUCCCUUUCCUAUUGCUGAUUUUCAAAUAGCCAUCAGCAAGUUUUCCUCCCCCUUGCCUCUUCACUUAUUUGGUGGCAAAAUUCAUAGAACUUGGGAGAUUCUUUGAAUGCAUUGUCGCAAAGGCACUGCUAAAGUGAUUUACAGGAAGAGGUGGCCAGCUGGAAAAAAGGAUCCUGAGGACUAUACACUGGUAUUCAACAACAUGCUUAGAGAACUCUUAAAUGGAUUGGGUGUCAACCCAGUGAACACAUGUUUUGAUUUAAUUUAUUUUUUUAAGAGUUUAUGUGGUGAUGGUGUGGCUUUCCAAAAAAGGUGACUAUUCAAGUCCUUCUGCCAGGAAUAGGGGAGGGGGAGCAGGGGCACAAUCUAAGAAGGGAUGUUGUUCAAGGCAUCACCUUUGAGUUCCUGGGCAGGAAUGGGUAAGGGAGCAGGUUUGUGCUGCUGGCAAGGACCUGGAAUAUGUGGGGAAGACAUGGGGGACAUCAGGGUGCCCAAGCUGCUUUCCCCUCACUGCUGUGCUAGGUUCCCAUGGCCUAUCACAUUCCCCCUGCAAUGUAAAUGAAGGGUAAGGGUUUGGUUUAUGAUUUCCUACUGCUGAGGAUAAUAAAUGUCUUGUUACAAACAGAUGUGAUGACAGUUACUCUUAGGUGCCAUGGAUUGAUGUCAGGGUGGUCAGCUCUGGACUAAGCCACCCACCUCCAGUUUGUACAACAGUAUUGAUACAUAGGGCUACACUCAUUACUGUUCAAGUGUUCUAUGUUAAAAGUUGUGUUUAAUUUCUAAAGAUUUAAAAAAAGCAAAAAAAAUUGGUGCUAAACUUUCACCCCUGAGACUGGUCAUGCAAGCAUUUACAGUGCCAUGCUCCUCAAGCCUAUUUUUCUUGUAGAAAUGUUGCCCUAUUUGUCUUCCCCAAUGUAUAAUAUGAAUUUUAUUUUAUUUUAUUUUAUUGAGGGUAGGAUAGGAUACCUGCCAUUUAAGAAAAUGAACAGAAAAUUUAAAAACCCAAGAAAUGGGGAAAAAAAUCAGUGCACAAGAAUCAGGCUGGUGAAGCCCAGCAUCACACUGAAGUGGGCUCAGUGGUUUCUGGAGUGAAGAAGCCUUACUCCCUGAACAUUCCCUCAUGCACCCAAAGAAGUCCAGCAAUGGGAAAGCUAGGUUCCUCUUGCCUUGUCAAGGGAACUUGAGAGUUGGCCAAGGGAAACUGUAGUGUCCUGUAAGGAAUGGACACUGCUGGUGUCCAUCUGGAUGGGGAGCUAGUCAGGAAGCGGUCUGGAAGUGUAUGGGUCAGGAUGGCCUCAUGGAAAUCUGUGGCAGGUGGCUUUCAGGAAAAUAGACUUAGUCUGGGUCAUCCACAUGGCAGCUUUGCAUAGGGAGGUGGACAGCUCCAAAUGAAUUGAACUGCCUUCCACACGUUUGACCAAAGCAGUGAAGAGGGUGGCCAGUACCUACGAGUACGUGGGUGGUAGAGAAGAGGGAGUGUUUCCUGCCCAGUGUUUCCUUUGUCCUUGGGCUGCUGGAGCUGAAUAGCAUGGUAACCACUGUUAACGGAACCAGCUGGACUUCACCGGCUUGGUUCAGAGUUUGUUUCAUCCCUAGCUGUGAGUGCCUUUUGGUCUGGAAAGUUGGCUUGUCUCAUAAUACCCACAGCUAGGACAUUCUCUGUAAUUAUGAAUUGUCCUUAUUUUACAUUGAAAGAGGAUGUCUGAUCAUUAGAGUUUGUCAGUGUUGGAUUGUUUCCACUGUGAGGUUCUUAAACUUUUUCGCUUAUAAUAUUAAAACAACUCAUGUUAGAGACCCUUUCCACAUGAAAGGUUUGUAGUUGAAAUGUUAUAUAUAUUUUACUGUUUAUAAUAAAAAUCAUCUAUACAAAUGAAGUCUUGGGUGUUAAUUUUUGCACAAGAUAUGUUUUCCAUGAUAUGUUAACAUCUACAAUUUCACUAACUGUUAAUGUUAUUUUCUAUUGAGAUUUCUGGAGCCUAGGGAGCUAUCUGUUCUGUUUGUUUAUUUUCGUUCUUAUUUCCCUAAAGCAAGAGACUGUAUGGCCUUCAGUGCAAAGACUUCAGACCAAUUCUUUGUAUUACACUUGGUUGCCUCUUGGCUAUAUAACUUCUGAGUGCAAAUCAUUGAACUCUUUAAUGAAGUAUUGUAGAGAAUAAAUCAUAAUGGGUAAAAAUUG